UCUUCCUCAACUCACCUCAUUCUCAAUCCUUCCGACUCGAUCUCUCUCUGUCUCCGUCAGCCUCCGCUUCAGUCUUUCUUUCUCCUUCACUCAGAAUUUUUCAGCGACUCCGCUUUGCCAAACUUUUCCUUUCAGACUAGGCCAAAGGUGAGGUGACUAUAAAGCUCAAAUCUUAGCCAGCGACAUUUAAAUCUGCGGACUUGGGUGAGCUAAUAGCGAAGAAACGUCGUCUUUUCCAAUCUCUGAAAUCGAACUCAUUUCUUGAAGAUUCUCACCAUCGUUCUCAAACCGAUUUUGAGAUUUUUGAACAAAGCUUCUUGGACUUACAUUCAUGGAUGCCAAGGCUGCAAAAACUGCUAGGGAAUCUCUUGACCUAGCGUUUCACCUGUCCAAUAUGCUCGACACAGGGCUUGAUCGUCACACACUUUCUGUGCUCAUUGCUCUCUGCGAUUUGGGUCUCAACCCUGAGGCUUUGGCUGCUCUCGUCAAGGAUCUCCGGACAGAAACCAUGUCCUCUUCUUCAUCUCAGACUUGAAUUGAACAGGUUUCUUCAUUUACAUUACACCAACAAAACCAUUUCCCCCCUUUUGCUUGUGUGAAUACUGAACCCCAUUUGCUUAUUAUGUUAAUGGUGACCAGAAUUGGGAAAUGAAUUUGAGAGUCGAUUAGAAUUUCCCAAGGAGUUGUCAAUGUCAUAGAUUGGUUGAAAAACAAGAAUGACUUUUUCUUUUUUUCCCUCUUCCUAAUGAGAGGUGGUUUUGUUGAAUUAAUAGUUUAUCAAAGAUCUUAAACUUCAUAGCUGUUC